UACGAUUCUUUUGAGCAAUAUAGGCAUAAUCAUGAUGUAUAUGUGAAUGUUGAAAAUUUUUUGGCAAAUGAACUUGAUUCAUUUCCGAAUGAUAUUCUAGGAGAGGAAACAGAAAAUAAGUCUGAUAUUUCUAAAGAUUGCUUGAGACUAAAAAAAUACUUAAUAAAAUUCCAAAAUGAGGAUGGUUGUAAAAAGGAAAAUUGUUGUCAAUACAUAAACUACUUGUUAAAUAAAGCAGUACGCACGUAUUAUAAAUCAAAUAAAUCUAUUUUUGAUAUUUAUAUUAAAUAUAUGAACCAUGAGAGUAAUAGCAUGAUAAAGAAUUCAUGGUUACCGGAAAUAAAUUACAUGGAAAUAGAUAAAUAUAAUAAAAUUGAUAAAUUAUAUAGUGUAUACAAAAAUUGUAUGUUUAAGAACUCUAAAAUGCAUGAUAGUAUAUCAUGUCAUUAUGCUAAAUUAUGCGCUAACUCAUAUAAUAAUAUAAUGUACCUUAAUGUAAAAUUAGAUGACACUAAAUUUUGUAAAAAAUUAAAAGAACUUAAGGUUUUUCUUGAAGAGAAUGAACCACCCCUAACAAGUUACUGCGAUUUGAAACAUUCGGUUUCACUUUUUUACCCUUAUGUUUGCAACGAUCUACUACAGAAAUCAGAAAAAAUAAAGGAAAAUAUGGUAACCACGAAUAUGGGAAUAGAAUUACAAGGAACACUAGUAGUACCAUCAGUAGAACAAAGACAAAGAAUACCUGAAGUAGGAUCACCUGCAGUACCAGAAGGAGGAAUGGAUACAGAAGAAACUGUCACCCCA